GUCCCGUGGGAAGGGGUGUUCCCUUCCCGCGAGUUUCCCGCCGGUUUCCGCCAUGGCGCUGAGCGGGUGUUUGACGGGCACAGCGCUGGGGGCUGUGUUGGCCCUACUGCUGCAGCAACGCGAGCAAACCCGACGAGGCCGGAGGAGCUCUUUCAGCACGUUGACGGAGGCGCCGGAGCACUUGCGCUCCUCCCACGCGCUGCACCCCUUCCGCGCGGAGACGGAGUCCUUCACCACGGUGGUGCCCAAGGAGGCGUCGCCCUCGCAGCCGCGCUCCUUCCAGCGCCGAGUCUCCGGGAAGUUCUCCAUGAACGAAAACAAGAUCGUGGAGCAGAAGGUAGUGAUCGCCAUGGUGGGUUUGCCUGCAAGAGGCAAGUCCUACAUCUCCAAGGCCAUCGUCCGAUACCUGAACUUCUUGGGCUGCCCCACACGGCUCUUCAACGCUGGCAACCUCCGGCGUCAGUGCGGCAAGAGCGGUGUGGAGGCCUCCUUCUUUGACAGCCACAACGAGGAGGCCAAGCGCCUUCGCGACGAGUUGGCCAUGGAUUGCCUAGAUCAGGUCUUGGACUUUCUGGAGGCCAAGGGCCGCGCCACCGCCGUGGGGAUCUUGGACGCCACCAACACCACCACAGAGCGCCGGCGCAUGGUCCGCGAGAAGGUGCUUCAGCGAGCUGGAAUCCGCUUAGUGUUCCUGGAGUCUUUAUGUGACGACAAGGACAUUCUGCAGCACAAUUACGACCUCAAGUUGGGCAAUGCUGACUACAAGGGCAUGAGUGCGGACCAGGCAUUGAAAGACUUCAUGAAUCGGGUGAACCAAUACGCCGAAGUCUAUGAGCCCGUGCAAGAUGACGAGUGCAACUCAAGAUGUGGCUACAUUAAGCUCAUCAAUGCUGGAGAGAAGUUGAUAUGCCACCGCUGCCGCUCCAAAGACGAUGAGUACGGCGUUCUGAGGUAUAUCUUCGGGCUGAUGUGCAGCAUCAACCUCGGCCACCGGUGCAUCAUGCUGGCCAUGGUGGGAGAGACGGAGCACGACAGGAGGGGCAUUCUUGGCGGAGACUCAGAGCUUACCGAGCUAGGCUUGCAGCACGCGAACGCGGUUGCUGGCCUGGUGGCCGAGCGCGAACGCGUAGCUGGCAAGCCCGUGCUGGUGAUGUGCGGCACCCUGACGCGGCACUUGCAGACCGUGGAGGCCCUGAAGGCAGUCGCCUGCUCAGACUCAGGCAGGACAUCACGCACUGUCUUAAAGCUUCAGCGCCUCAACGAGCUCUGCGCGGGCGCAUUGGACAGCCACUCCUACAAGGAGCUACAAGAGCUCUAUCCGGAGGAGUACGAUGCGAGACAAAGAGAUAAGCUCAACUAUCGCUACCCCGGCGUUGGGGGAGAGAGCUAUCAGGACGUUGUCUUCCGGCUGACCUAUUUGGUGCUCAGACUGGAGCAGGUCAUGGGCAACGUGCUGGUGAUCUGCGACAAGGCGGUGUGCCGGGUGCUGCUCGCCUACUUCCGCGGGGUGCCCAUCGAGGAGAUGCCUUUUAUCGAGGUGCCGGAGUCUGUGAUCACCUUUGAACGAUCCCACAAGGGCUUCAAGGAGGAGCAGAUCCACGCGCUGGGGCUCCAUCACGUGCCGGGCUCCGGGGGAGAGCUGCAGCAACUGGGCCGAGGCUGAUGCGGUCGCGGGCGAACAGAUGGUGACUGGAACCGGAUUCAUGACGGUAUGCUGGUGCCUUCCAUUUCACCUGGGCGCAUGGUUUGCGUGUAC